AUGAAACUCAAUAGUUUCACUUUGCUGUUUAGUUUUCUAGUAACUCUUCUUGUUACUGAAGCGAUUGAAAAAGGUGACAUUAUUUCACAACAUAACUUUGAUGGAUCUGCUGAACAAACUUAUUGGACUGCAUCUCUUGGUCCACUCGUGCAACUUGUAACAACAGAUCGUGGAAACCAAGCACUUCGUAUCGAACGAAAUCAACCAAAUGGUGCAUCGAUAUGGGCAACUGUCUCUCUGCCAGCGUUCACACUCUCUGGCUCGAAGAUUCGAAUUCGAGCGUUGGUCAAAGCUGUCAAUAUUAGUACACCUCCGAAACCAUGGAAUGGUAUCAAAGUCAUGCUGCAUACACAAGGACCUUCUGGUGACAACUAUCCACAACAGAAUCUACCACAAGGUACCUUCGAUUGGCGUUCUGUCGAUUAUGUUGCCAGUAUUCCUAGUGAUGCACGUCAAGCAACGCUCAGACUUGGUCUAGAAGCAGUCACAGGAAUGGUUUGGUUUGACGAUCUUCUCAUCACUGUGUACAGCAAACCUCGUCCCCCACCACCACCUCCACCAACAGGACUACCUUACAAAGGUCAUAAUCUCACACGACUACGUGGUGCUAUGAUUGGUGCUAAUCUUAAAGAAAAAGACUUUCGAGACUUCGGUAGUUGGAAUGCCAAUCAUGUUCGUUGGCAAUUGAUAUGGGGCGGAUUUCCACACAGUCCAGCUGAUAAUGCUGAUAUUCCUGCUUAUGAAGCAUGGUUAGAAAGUGCACUUCAACAUCUCGAUUCUAUGCUACCUGUUUGUCGCGAAUUAGGUCUUCACAUACUCGUUGAUUUACAUACACCGCCUGGUGGUCGCAACGAUGAAAAUGAAUGUAAAUUAUUCAAAGAAAAACGUUUUCAGGAUGCGUUUCUUUCCUUGUGGGAGAAAAUUGCACGACGUUACAAAAAUGAAUCCAUUAUUUGGGGUUAUGAUCUAGUUAAUGAACCAGUUGAAGGAGUAGUUCCUGACGACAUCAUGGACUGGCAUGAUUUAGCCAUUGCCACUAUUCAACGUAUUCGUGCUAUUGAUUCAGAACAUGCCAUCAUUCUUGAAGGAACACCAGGAGGAGGACCAGGUGCCUUGAUAGAUCUUCAACCAGUGCCUUUCGAUAAGAUAGUUUAUUCAUUUCAUAUGUAUGAACCUGGUACAUUCACACAUCAAAAUGUUUAUUAUGAUGUUACUCCUAUAUCUUAUCCAGGUGUUAUCGAUGGUAAAAUGUGGGACAAAAAUGAACUACGUCUCAAUAUGAAGCGUGUUCUGGAUUGGCAACGUGCUUACAAUGUUCACAUCUAUGUGGGCGAAUUCUCUGCUAUUCGUUGGGCACCAGGAAAUAGUGCUUAUGAAUAUCUACGAGAUGUCAUCGACAUUUUCGAAGAGAACGAAUGGGACUGGGCAUAUCAUGCUUUUCGUGAAUGGGCAGGAUGGAGUGUUGAACAUACUGGUGAUAAAUAUAAUACUCAACAUGCUCCUAUUCCAACUAAUCGACAGAUUCUUCUGAUGGAUUGGUUCAAGAAAAAUCAACAUUAA